UAAAGGAAUCUCAAGACCGGUGCUAGCGGGGGUCUGUGUUUCCAGCCGCUGGCCUGUGUGUUGAACCCGUGUCCUUGCUGCGCUCACUCGCUGGUCUCCCGCAGGAUGCGUUACGUAGCUGCUUACCUCCUGGCCGUCCUGGGCGGCAAAGACUCCCCCAAAUCCGGAGACCUGCAGAAGAUCCUGGAGAGCGUGGGCAUCGAGGCGGAUGAUGUGCGCAUGGACAAGGUGAUCAACGAGCUGUCUGGAAAGAAGGUGGAAGAUGUCAUUGCCCAGGGCUACAGCAAGCUGGCCAGUGUUCCAGCAGGUGGCGCCGCUGUUGCAGUGGCGAGUUCAGGAGCUGCAGCUGCUGGGAGUGGUGGUGCAGCCCCUGCUAAAGUUGAGGAGAAAAAGGAAGAGAAGAAGGAGGAAUCUGAGGAGUCUGAUGACGACAUGGGAUUCGGUCUCUUUGAUUAAACAGCUGUGUGUCGGUGUCCAAUAAAAACAGUUUUCCAGA